CCUGCAAUCAGAGCGCUCACAUCAGUGGCAUGCUUCAGGAAGAUAUGCAGCUCGCGCUGCCCUCCUCUACACCAGCAGCAUGGAUUGUCACCUCUCCAUCCUCCUCCUCCUCCCCCUCCUCCUCGGAUCUACUCUCAGCUCUUUGGGGGAUCUGAGCCUUCAUCCUACCAACGAAGUUAAUCUGUUGGAUUCAAAAGCAAUUCAAGGAGAACUGGGCUGGAUCUCUUAUCCAUCACAUGGGUGGGAAGAAAUAAGUGGUGUCGAUGAGAACUAUACUCCAAUCCGAACGUACCAGGUUUGCAAUGUCAUGGACCACAGUCAGAACAAUUGGCUGAGGACAAACUGGAUACCACGUAACUCAGCUCAGAAGAUCUAUGUGGAGCUCAAGUUUACCUUGCGGGACUGUAAUAGCAUCCCACUGGUUCUGGGCACUUGCAAAGAGACUUUUAACUUGUAUUAUAUGGAGUCUGAUGAGGACCAUUCUGUCAAGUUUAGAGAACACCUGUUUACAAAGAUCGAUACCAUUGCUGCCGAUGAGAGCUUCACUCAAAUGGAUCUUGGAGAUCGCAUUCUUAAACUCAACACAGAGGUUCGUGAAGUGGGACCUGUGAGCAGGAAAGGAUUUUACUUGGCUUUCCAAGAUGUGGGUGCAUGCGUUGCCUUAGUAUCUGUGCGAGUGUACUUUAAAAAGUGCCCUUUCACUGUAAAGAACCUGGCCAUGUUUCCAGACACAGUUCCUAUGGAUUCUCAGUCAUUGGUGGAAGUCCGAGGCUCUUGCGUGAAUCAUUCCAAAGAGGAAGACCCUCCCAAGAUGUACUGCAGUACAGAAGGAGAAUGGCUAGUUCCCAUAGGGAAGUGCUUGUGUAAUGCAGGCUAUGAGGAAAGGGCCUAUGCCUGCCAAGCUUGUCGGCCGGGAUUUUACAAAGCCUUUGCUGGUAAUGUUAAGUGUGCCAAAUGCCCACCUCAUAGUUCUACAAAUGUGGAAAGUUCUACAGAUUGCAAGUGUGAAAAGAAUUACUUCCGAUCAGAGAAAGACCCUCCAUCCAUGGCUUGCACAAGACCACCUUCUGCUCCCAGAAAUGUUAUCUCCAAUAUAAACGAAACAUCAGUCAUCCUAGACUGGAGCUGGCCUUUGGACACUGGGGGCAGGAAGGAUGUCACUUUCAACAUUGUAUGCAAGAAAUGUGGGGGAACCACCAAACUGUGUGAGCCUUGUUCUGCUAAUGUAAGGUUCCUGCCACGUCAGAUUGGGCUCACCAACACCACCGUGACUGUAGUAGACCUCCUGGCUCACAUGAAUUACACAUUUGAGAUAGAUGCGGUUAAUGGAGUGUCUGAUUUGAGUACCCUCACAAGACAAUUUGCUGCAGUCAGCAUUACAACCAAUCAAGCUGCUCCAUCUCCUAUUACGAUAAUUAGAAAAGACCGGACAUCUAGAAACAGUGUGUCUCUCUCUUGGCAAGAACCUGAACAUCCUAAUGGGAUCAUCUUGGACUAUGAAGUCAAGUACUACGAAAAGCAGGAACAAGAGACAAGUUACACUAUUCUGAGAGCAAAAAGCACCAAUGUUACUAUCAAUGGCCUCAAGCCAGAUACUACUUAUGUUUUCCAAAUCAGAGCCCGAACUGCUGCAGGAUAUGGGAGCAACAGCCGCAAGUUUGAAUUUGAAACCAGUCCAGAUUCUUUCUCCAUCUCCAGUGAGAGUAGCCAGGUCGUAAUGAUUGCUGUUUCAGCUGCUGUAGCAAUUAUUCUACUCACAAUUGUGGUUUACAUCCUGAUUGGGAGAUUCUGUGGACAUAGUAAAUCAAAACAUGGAGCUGAUGAGAAAAGACUCUAUUUUGGUAAUGGACAUUUAAAGCUUCCAGGCCUUAGAACUUAUGUAGAUCCACAUACAUAUGAAGAUCCCAAUCAAGCUGUCCAUGAAUUUGCCAAGGAACUAGAUUCUUCAAGCAUAGCCAUUGACAAAGUUGUUGGGGCAGGUGAGUUUGGAGAAGUAUGCAGUGGUCGCUUAAAGCUUCCUUCAAAAAAAGAAAUAUCAGUAGCCAUCAAAACACUGAAGGUUGGUUACACAGAGAAGCAGAGAAGAGAUUUUCUAGGAGAGGCAAGCAUCAUGGGACAAUUUGAUCACCCCAACAUCAUUCGAUUAGAAGGCGUUGUCACGAAAAGCAAACCUGUCAUGAUUGUUACUGAAUAUAUGGAAAAUGGCUCUUUGGAUAGCUUCUUGAGAAAACAUGAUGCUCAGUUCACAGUCAUCCAGCUUGUGGGAAUGCUUCGAGGAAUUGCAUCUGGCAUGAAGUACUUGUCAGAUAUGGGUUACGUCCAUCGUGAUCUGGCUGCCCGCAACAUCCUCAUCAAUAGUAACCUGGUAUGCAAGGUCUCUGACUUUGGACUUUCCCGUGUGCUGGAGGAUGAUCCAGAAGCUGCCUAUACAACAAGGGGAGGCAAGAUUCCAAUACGAUGGACAUCUCCAGAAGCUAUUGCUUACCGCAAAUUUACAUCAGCCAGUGAUGCAUGGAGCUAUGGGAUUGUUCUUUGGGAAGUGAUGUCCUAUGGAGAGAGACCAUAUUGGGAGAUGUCCAAUCAGGAUGUAAUUAAAGCUGUAGAAGAAGGAUAUCGCUUGCCACCUCCCAUGGACUGCCCAGCUGCCUUGUAUCAGUUGAUGCUGGACUGUUGGCAAAAAGACAGGAACAACAGACCGAAGUUUGAGCAGAUUGUCAGCAUCUUGGACAAGCUGAUCCGUAAUCCCAGCAGUCUAAAAAUAAUCACCAGUGCGGCUGCAAGGCCAUCAAAUCUCCUUCUGGACCAAAGCACCAUUGAAAUCUCAGCUUUCCGCUCAACAGGUGACUGGCUCAAUGGCAUUCGGCUUGGACAAUGCAAGGACAUAUUCACAGGAGUAGAAUACAGCUCAUGUGAUACAAUAGCCAAGAUUUCCUCAGAUGACAUGAAGAAAGUUGGUGUGACAAUUGUCGGGCCACAGAAGAAGCUUAUUAGCAGUAUUAAGUCUCUAGAAAUGCAUACAAAGAAUGGUCCGGUGCCUGUGUAAACUACCAAAAUGUUGACACUCAGGACACAACAAGAGGAAGCAAGAAGUGACUGCAAAGGUUAUGGUGAUGAAUGAAAAACUGCGAGAAUUAAAAGGCACUCUUGUAACAAAGUGGGAAAUAUGACAGUUGGGUAGAAAUUUCAAGCCCACUGAGAGACUCAUACAUUGAGUAAAAUUGCCUUAAAAUAGGAAUGAAAAACUUUUUUUUUUUCUAUCUCUUAUUCUUGAAGGAGGGUGCUUCCCCCCUUGUAAUACUGGACUGCUCAAACCUAUAAUGCAUUUGAAAGGAAAUGUUUAAAAUGUUUUUAAAAUCCUUCCAUGUAACUUAGAGCCAUUCAAAUGUUAAUGGACCGAAUACCAUGAAAGGCAAACAAAUCGUCUAUGGAUGUAAUGCUGUAUUUUGAUCAAUUGUCAGCAGCAGCAAGGGGAAAAAAACUUUCAGUAUUUUUUUAUAGGUGGAAAGGAUAGGUGACUAGUAUUUUAUUUCUUUAAAGUAAUUCUUGUAAGGAUAUUUGGGGAUAAUACCUCAGAAUUGUCUGGCCAUAUCUGUAAUGAUAUUCUUGCAAUAUUCUAUUUCAGCUCUGGAAGGAAAACAUGAACAAUGUUUGUGAUAUAAUGGAGGCAAUAGUUCACAAAUAAUAUUUGUCAUGGGGCUAGCUUUGAUAAGUGUAUUCUUUAACAAAAGCAAGUCUUAUUUUUUUUAUAAAAGGCAUAUUUAUUUCCCUUUGAAUUCUUUCCUACUGUUUACAUUUUUAUAUGUUUUGACUGGGAUUAAUGGCUGCUGGGUGCCAAAUUCUCUAGGCAUUGCCUGCAAUCCUAAUAUUUGGAAGAAAAUUCAGUGAAACCAAUGACACUUGCUUCCAAGUAAAUGGGCCCCAAUCCAGAGGUCUGCCAAAAAAGGUCUGCACAUAUAUACACAGACACACAGACACAGACACAGACACACACACACACACACACACGUGUAAAGAAAUACGGACAUUUCCAUGCACAAUGUUCUGCAUAGUGCAAUCCAGGGAAAUACACAAUCAUUUUUCUACAUGGAGAAAGUUGUUCAUAUAUUCUCCACAAACUAGCACAAGCUUGCAUAAUUGCACAUCAUUAAAUGUUUGCAGUAUGAACAUAAUGUUGGGCUGUGCAACACUUUUAACAAAAUGUAUGAUGUGUUACACGGUCGUAAAAUUACUUGCUUAUAUUAGUCUGGGUUCCAGAAAAUGAAAAGCUGGAAAUCCCUUGCCUAGUUCUUAACCUGUUAAUGUUCACUUAUUAACAUUGCAAUACUAAAUACAUGAUCAAGGGAGUAAGCAUCACUGAACACAGGGACUUACAUGCAUAGGAUUGUACUAUAAAGAGUGCAAAGUUCUUGCAAGAUGGUAUGUGGACAAUGUAUAGCAAACAAUCUCUAAAUCAACAUGUAUCAUAUGUUCUUGAGCUUCAUUUGGUUCAUCUGUCCAUCAUUCCAUAUGGUAAGUAGCAGCAUUUUAAAUGGUUCUAUUCUAAAAACCAUGACCUCAGGAAGAUUGUCGAGUCUAAAACAAAAUGGGAUCAAAUUUUAACAAGCAUAAAAUAGUGCUGGUGUACCUUCCUAAUAAUUAUUUGUUCCUUCUGAAUCCAAAAUGAUAGUAUCUUCCAUUGCCAUUUCAGGAGAAUGUACCAUCUAAAGUCCAUGUUCAAGUUUUCCAAUAUUGUCAUAACCUUCUCCUCCUUGCAUUUGAGCUUCAGUUCUAAGUGCACAUCCAUGCUAGCAGGAAGUCAUUUAAAAGAAAAAUAAUAAUUCUAUUGAUAUACUCAGUAGCACCAUGUGGAACAAAUUGUCCUGAAGGCAACCUGAAAUGGCUGUAAAAGAAAGAAAAUGGUUCAUUAGCAAGUAUUCAGAAUAAAUUUUAGUUUUACCUAUCCUUAAUUAUCUCUCAGUCUCCAAUAAGGUUAUGGAAUAUUAUUCUGAUUGUGUUCAGUACUAAGAUCUGAGUUCCUUUUUUGUUCAGGAGGAAUUUAAUUUUUGCAAAAGGUUUUUAAAGCAGCUUUUAGUCUUCUCUUUCUUACAAUUUUGUACUGUUCAGUGGCCUCCUAAACCAUGCUACCCAUCUCCCCCUGUACAUAUGUAAACAUAGCAGUGUACAAUUCUUAACUGUGGAGUAGAGGAAGUAGAUUUUUUGUGGCCAUCUUCCUGUACAGGACCUAUCUUUGAUUAUUAUUUACAUCAACAGACAACACAAAAUCUU